UAUAAAGCAUCUCUUCUUUGAGCAAAAGUUGCAAGAAAAAAGAGAAAAAGAUAGUAUGUCUAAGCAAACAUACAGAGUGUGUUUAUGUUUCAAGAGGCGAUUUCGGAUCAAAGAGGCCGAAGUUCCCAGCGAUGUAGCAGAGCUAUUCGCGAGCUAUUCGGAUAAUGGAUCGAUGAGUGUGGACCAUCUCCACAGAUUCUUGCAGGAAGUUCAAGGAGAGAAGCUCACUAAGGAAGAAGCUCAAGCUUUGAUGGAGUCUUUCCUUAGUGAAAACAAACACCACAGCGUUUCCCAGCGUAAAAGUCUUAGCCUCAAAGAGUUCUUUCGGUUUCUGCUUAGUGGGACCAAUGCUCCUCUCCCUCUUCCUCCUAAGGUACAUCAAGAUAUGAACUGCCCUUUAUCACAUUACUUCAUCUACACUGGCCACAACUCCUACUUAACUGGGAACCAAAUCAGCAGCGAUUCCAGCGAAAAGCCAAUCAUUGACGCCCUCAAACGAGGCGUUCGCGUGAUUGAGCUGGACAUGUGGCCAAAUUCCACCAAAGACGACAUCCAUAUAAUGCACGGAGGGACCCUCACAAGCCCGGUGAAGCUCAUCAAAUGCUUAAAGGCAAUCCGGGAGCACGCCUUUGCUGCCUCAGACUACCCUGUGAUCAUCACACUAGAAGACCACCUCAAUCAAGAACUUCAGGCCGUAGUAGCAAAAAUGGUUCAUGAGACAUUCCAAGAUGUGCUAGUGUGUUCCUCAUCAGAUACUUUUCAAGAUUUCCCCUCGCCUCAGUCGUUGAAGGGGCGUGUUGUAAUAUCGACCAAGCCACCAAAGGAGUAUCUAGAGGCGAAGGAAGGGGAGGAUGGCAGUGUGAGGGUGUAUAAGUCAUCUGAGGAGGUGGGGUGGGGGAAAGAGAUCUCGGAUUUGGCAGUGAAGAUCGAGAGAGAGGAUGGUGGAGAGUGCGAGGACGAGCAGGAGGAUCCGGGGCAGGCUGUGCAGCAGAGCGCCCCCCCUGCGUAUAAGAACUUGAUUGCAAUCAGGGCAGAGAAGAUGAAGGGAGGCAUCAAGGCUUGGCUCAGAGUGAGCUCUCAGAAGGCUCAUCGCGUUAGCUUGAAUGAAGAGAAGCUCGAGAACGCUGUACUAACUCAUGCAAAUGAGAUAGUUAGAUUCAAUCAGAGGAAUUUGAUGAGAGUGUAUCCAAAGGCAAUGAGGCUGGACUCAUCAAACUACAAUCCCUUGAUAGGAUGGAUGCAUGGAGUCCAGAUGGUUGCAUUCAACAUGCAGGGUCACGGGAGGUCGCUUUGGUUGAUGCAAGGGAUGUUUAGAGCGAAUGGAGGGUGCGGCUACGUCAGAAAGCCCGAUUUCCUUCUCAACAACGGACCUAAUGGGGAAGUGUUCGACCCAAAUAAGCGCCUCCCCCCAAAGAAAACGCUCAAGGUGAAAGUGUACCUGGGAGAAGGAUGGAACAUCGAUUUUCAUCGCACGCAUUUUGAUUUCUUUUCGCCUCCUGACUUCUAUGUCAAGAUUGGAAUUGCUGGAGUCCCAUGUGAUUCAACUAUGAAAAGGACUAAGACGAUUGAAGAUAAUUGGACGCCAGUUUGGAACGAAGAUUUUGAGUUCCCGUUGACGGUUCCAGAGCUGGCGUUGUUGAGAAUUGAAGUGCAUGAAUUUGACAUAUCUGAUAAAGAUGAUUUUGGAGGCCAAACAUGCCUUCCCGUUUGGGAGCUGAAGACCGGGAUUCGAGCCGUGCCCCUACACGAUCGCAAAGGAGACCAGUAUAAGUCCGUGAGGUUACUUAUGAAGUUCGAGUUUGUUUAAUUUAAGGUGAUCUCUGAUGUUCAUUAUUCAUGGAAAUGGAUUUCGAGACUGUGAUUCAGAGUUGUGUUUCCACACAUGAUUGUAAGUAAUGGAGAUAAGUAAAGUUUGUAAGGUUAUUCAUGAAGUUCAUGUGUUUCAGAAUUUAAGUUCCACACAUGUUUCCAAUGGAGACAAGUAAAAGUCUAUUAGAUUAUUCAUGAAGUUCAAGUUUGUUUUAAGUGAUA